AUGGUUCUUAGCAUCUUCGGCUGUGGUUUAAUUGCGACCAUAGCUUCGAUCCUCGCAUUGGCAGAGCUUCCAUUGGCCAUUAACGACCCAGACAAAACAUGGGGAUCAUGGCGUCUUGCCGUUUACGCUGCGAUUCAAAAUAAUCUGGGGAUUAUAGCUGCAUCUGCACCGGCUCUUAAGCCUUUACUAGGCAAGACACUCAGAGUUGUGCGAAGUACCGUUGAGUCAAAGUUAUCUUCAACUACCUGGACCCUUUCAAAAAAUGGUGGAAAUGGAAGGGGCGGCGGCGGCGGAGGCGAGUCGAACGGCUCAUCUGGAGUUAAGAAGUCGAAGGUUUCUUCAGCUUCAGCUAAGAUUACAACGAAUGCCACGAGUCAGUCAAAGACACCCGCGCCUUUGCCAGGUAACGAAAAAAAGCAUCGACUCGCUAUCUCCGAGGUUAUGAAGAAGAUUAUAUCGCCUAGAGGGUCAGUCGUCAGUAAAGAUCGAAGUAGCAUAAAUCGAACUGGGAAUACGAACCAUGAUACCCAGGCGCCUGCAUCCCGCUCGAAUCGAGAACCAGCCCUUCUGGAUACAAUAGGGGUCCUGCCCACACAGGCUGCUUUCCCUAAGAACGCCAACGGGAACAGACGUACAACACGUGUCUUUGCAGGUAAUAACGGCAGCGAUUAUAGCGGACCCGCGGAAAUCCAUCAUAUAAGAGACUGGCAACUUGACCAAAACGAUUAUUGUUUAGACCCUAGCGUUGAACAUAAUUUACCCCAAAGAUUGAGGGGAGCGUAUAAUAGAACUUCAGUCGAUAGCUCUGGGGUGCCGGAGGUAUAUGGGAAUGGCGACGGGCGGAAGUUUUCACAAGUAGACGGUAUUGGAUAUGCGGUUUCGCCGAUGGCAGAUGGGGUGAGGAGGACAUUAGAAACUUACGAGGAGGGUAGUAAUGAUGCAGAUGAAGAGGCUGGGCUGACCAUUGAGAGGAUACUGUCACAUGAGGAGUGGAAGAAGUCGGGUGGAUAUGUGUAG